AUGGCCUUAGGAACUUUCUUUUUAUAUCUCCACAAAAGUCCUCCUCUGAAGGAGCCAGUACCAGAAGGACCUUACUACACUCAGCUGCUGAGGGCCUUAGGAACUUUCUUUUUAUAUCUCCUCAAAAGUCCUCCUCUGAAGGAGCCAGUACCAGAAGGACCUUACUACACUCAGCUGCUGAGGGCCUUAGGAACUUUCUUUUUAUAUCUUCACAAAAGUCCUCCUCUGAAGGAGCCAGUACCAGAAGGACCUUACUACACUCAGCUGCUGAGGGCCUUAGGAACUUUCUUUUUAUAUCUCCUCAAAAGUCCUCCUCUGAAGGAGCCAGUACCAGAAGGACCUUACUACACUCAGCUGCCGAUGGCCUUUGGAACUUUCUUUUUAUAUCUCCUCAAAAGUCCUCCUCUGAAGGAGCCAGUACCAGAAGGACCUUACUACACUCAGCUGCUGAGGGCCUUAGGAACUUUCUUUUUAUAUCUCCACAAAAGUCCUCCUCUGAAAGGGACAGUACCAGAAGGACCUUACUACAUCACUGCCAGAUGGCCUUUGGAACUUUCUUUUAUAUCUCCAGAAAACCGUCCUCCUCUGAAGGAGCCAGUACCAGAAGGACCUUACUACACUCAGCUGCCGAUGGCCUUUGGAACUUUCUUUUUAUAUCUCCUCAAAAGUCCUCCUCUGAAGGAGCCAGUACCAGAAGGACCUUACUACACUCAGCUGCCGAUGGCCUUAGGAACUUUCUUUUUAUAUCUCCACAAAAGUCCUCCUCUGAAGGAGCCAGUACCAGAAGGACCUUACUACACUCAGCUGCCGAUGGCCUUUGGAACUUUCUUUUUAUAUCUCCACAAAAGUCCUCCUCUGAAGGAGCCAGUACCAGAAGGACCUUACUACACUCAGCUGCCGAUGGCCUUAGGAACUUUCUUUUUAUAUCUCCACAAAAGUCCUCCUCGGAAAGGGCCAGUACCAGAAGGACCUUACUACACUCAGCUGCCGAGGGCCUUUGGAACUUUCUUUUAUACCACCACGCACGGAAGGGGUCGGUACUAG